AUGAAGGGAGCCCUCGCAUUCGUCCUUGCUGCUUGGACUGCGCAAGCUGUCCGUGAUCGCCUGUCUUCUGUUGAGGAGCAGGUCACCAAAGAACUCAGUGAGGCCAAUGUGACGGGUGGCCAGCCAGGUGGUCGCUUGGGCACCGUGGCUUUGAAAACCGUCCAGCAAGGUUUGAAACGAGUUCGGCCUGGACAAGCAGCCAAAGGGUUCCAAUUCAAGGCUCCUGGUGGCUUGGCGCAUGGAUUCCACGCCCCCAACUAUGCCUUCAACGGACUGGGCCGCGGCGGUGUCGGUCUUUCCAAGGGGUUUGGCGGUCAACUGGGUGGGAUGCCCAACCAGUUGGGUCGAAUGCCGCUGCAAGGGGUGGCCCGGCGUUUUGCCUCCGGAACCACCGGACAGCAGAUGACGAAAGGCGUGAGGAUGAUUGGACUGCAGAACUUGGAGGGGGGCCAAUACACGGAACUGAUGGGUAGACUGAUCGUGGAAGCCGUAGAGUCGGCGGCACACCUGCCCACUGGUGAAGAGAUCGCCAAGUCCAUCCGUGAAGCUGGUUGGAGAAUUUGGUAUGGGACCCUUCACAAUGACAUCACAGUUCUGGUUUCCAAAGCCGAAGUGGGGAUUGGAAGAGCCGCCAAAGACUUUGUGGGACGCUUCAGGAUUCAGCAGGGAGGAAAAGAUUUGUACGUAACCCUUCUCAAGAGGGCUGAGUAUUCACCGCCGUUCUUGAAGAAUGUCAACUACGGCGUGGGUGACUCAGACAAAGUGCUGCUGCGUACCUUCGGUCAAGGUUUGCGAUAUGUUCGGAACAUCUUUCAACAGCAGAGCUUGCAAUUCAUGAGACACUUGGCUGUGCCACCCAAACAUUUUGACACGUCACUUCUAUCCUUUUCCAAGAGCGUUGCUUUUCAAAGAAGUUUCCGACCCGCUUCUCAAGGACAGCAGAUCGGGGAAGUGGUGAAAGCCGGUGUGUCGGAGAGCGUCAUGGCCGAGAAGUUGGAGGAAGCCUUGGUGAAGAACUGGGGCCGAGGCUGGAAUGUCGUGGUGUCGAAGACGGAGAUGGAGGUCGCUACCAACGUCAACGACAUCAUGGCAAAAUUCAAGGUGAACGAUAUCUUCUUCACCAUCGUGCGCCAAAUGGUCUGA